CUGGCAAGUAUGAAGACAACUAGGGUGGCGGUGGUUGCUAUGGCACUUGCACUUGUGCUUGUGAGCAAGAGCGCGUACGGACGGCUUCAGUGCAUGGGCGAGGGCGGCAAUGCGGUGGACUGGUGGGCAGCGGUGAAGACACCCAUCGAGUCUGCUUCCAACGAUCCCAACGUGGCGACGGGAACGGCAUACGCCUACACGGAUGCUGUGAUGAAUGCAAAGUCGCUGGUUCUCACCGGCGAGUCGCUGGCUACCGACAAGUCGUCAUCGCUUUGGUCGACACUGGCCCAGGUCUAUGGCUCGUCGCAGAACUCUGUCGGCUACAUGAUGUUCAACGAUGAGACGCCAUCAGGCGCCAAGUCGGGUACCAAGGCUCACCAGAAGGGCGUGGUGGCGUUUGAUGGCGAUGGAGGCUUUUGGCUCAUUCACUCGGUCCCGCGUUUCCCCAACACGUACGCCGAUGGCUACGAGGGCUUCCCCGCAAACGAGGACAAGUACGGGCAGAGCUUCCUCUGCAUCUCGUUCUCGCUCAGCUCGAUCAACGAUGUUGGUGCCCUGCUCUACAUGUCUCGGCCGAACGUUUACGACUCGAACCUCCCGUCGUCGUUCAACCUGCCGAACAUCGCUGCUGUCAUUGCCGGCGACUACAACUCGACUGCCGGCUACGUUGUCAAGACCAUGACCUCGGUCGGCGGCGCCCAGUUUACUGCCUUUUCCAAGAACCGCCAAUGGGACAUGGAUCUGUACGAGGAUCUCGUGGCGCCGACUCUCGGCUCGGACCUGUACGUGGAGAGCUGGCAGAACGGCGUGGGCAAGCUCCCGACCUACUGCCGCCCACAGUACCCGUACAACGUGUACAACAUCGCCACCAUGGCUGUCGGCACGCCGUCUGGCGGCGAGAUCAUGUGGAAGGAGACCCAGGACCACUCCAAGUGGGCCGUCACCGUCACCGAUCAGUUUGUUUGCAUUGGCGGCAUCAACCGGCAGCACGGCCAGCGGGUUCGCGGCGGCGGAACGCUCUGCCACAACUCGCCGUCGCUCUUUGCCGCUUUUAACUCGUCGAUCCAGACCAUCGAGCCGUGCCAGUAAGAUGACGAGCGGUGUGCGCUCUGCGGGUAGCGCAGGAGCAGUCGCUGCGUUUUCCCCAUCCGCGCGUUUGCCUGUAAAUGUUGCGCCGCUUGCUG